CAUGCCGCCAUUCAAAUAACCUAAAAAAUAAGUUAGUUCAAUAGAGAAACCUGUAAUUGAAGAAUAGAGAGCUUCAACUGCAUAUUAGGUUGUAUAUUCAAGAGACAUAAGAAAGAAGAAAAAGUAAAUGUUUGAUGGUGUUUUGGUGAUAGAGAAUUAAAGAAUGAGAUUAUUUGAUAUGGAAUCUAAAUAAUUAUUUGCAGGAAGUGAUCAAAUUUAUGAUAAUAUCUCACAAUAUUAUAUGGGUUAAUAUUAUGGUAUUUAAUAUAUAAGUAAUAAAAAAUAGUUGAACUCAUGAAUUAAAUUUCUAUAGAUGAAUUUAAAUCUGGUAAAAUAUUUAUGGCUUAACCAGAACCAGAAUAAAAAAUUAUAGUUAAGCCUAAGAAAAUUUUUAAAUCAAAAUAAUAAUAAGAUGUUGAACCUAAAUUUACAAUUUUAGAAGGUUUUGAUAUAGAUUAAUUUCUAUAUAAAUAAUUGAGAGUACAUUAAAUUGAAGGAGUAAGAUUUAUGUUAGAGUGUGUAACAGGCAAAAAAGGAAAAUCUAUUAGAGGAUGUAUAUUAGCAGAUAGUAUGGGAUUGGGUAAAACAUUAUAAGCAAUUACUUUAAUGUGGAUAUUGAUAUAAUCACAUGAAAUAUCAAAAAUAGUUAUUACAUGUCCAGUUUCAUUGAUUGGAAAUUGGGAGAAAGAAAUAAAAAAAUGGUUGGGUCCAAUGAGAUUAUAACCAUUAACUGCUAUUGGUACUAAAGAUGAAGUUAAUAAGUAAGUAAAAUAUUUUCUUUAUUCUCCAUAUAAUCUUUUAUUGACAUCUUAUGAAACAUUUAGAAAUAUUUGUAAUGAAAUUGAUAAAGUUAUUGAUUUAUUAAUUUGUGAUGAAGGACAUCGAUUAAAAAAUAGUAAUAUAAAAACUGUUCAAACUAUGAAUUAAUUAAAAUGCAAAAGAAGAAUAGUUUUAAGUGGAACUCCAAUCUAAAAUAACAUGAAAGAGUUUUAUGCAUGUUGUGAUUUUGUUAAUCCAGGAAUAUUUUAAUCUUAUAAGACUUUUAAAUUAGUUUUCUAAGAUCCAAUAGAAAUGUCAAUAGAAAAGGGAUCUAGUGCUGAAAGUAUUGAAUUAGGCAAAUUAAGAUCUUAGGAAUUAAGUUCUUUAACAAGUUAAUUUAUAUUAAGAAGAAAACCUGAAAUUUUGAGCAAAGUAAAUUUUUAUUAUUUAAUAAUAAUUAUAGUUUUUACCUAGUAAAUUUGAAUAUUUAAUGUUUUGCACUAUGACUCCAUAAUAAUAAAUAUUAUAUAAGAGAAGUUUAUAAUUGUGUCCUAAUUCAGUUAUGAUGUAAUUAAAUUUAUUGAGAAAAGUCACUACACAUCCUAAACUUAUUGAAGAUGAUGAAAGUUAAGUUGCAGAAAAAUUAGUUGUUCAAGAUUAUUAGUCAGUUAAAUUUAAUUGUUUAAAAAUUAUUGUUGAUUAAUGUAAAGAAUAAAAUGAAAAAAUAAUAAUCAAUAGUUAUUAUCGAUAAACUUUAGAUUAAAUUGAACAUAAUCUAAUUUAAUGGAAUCUUAAAUUCUUGAGAUUAGAUGGAAAAGUAGUUUAAAAACAAAGACUUACUUUAGUUGAUGAAUUUAAUAAAGAUAAAGAUAUUACAGUAUUUUUAUUAAAUGGAAAAUCUGGAGGUACUGGAUUAAAUUUAGUUGGUGCAAAUAAAAUGAUUUGUGUUGAAGUUGAUUGGAAUCCAGCAAAUGAUUCUUAAGUUAUGGGUAGAAUAUGGAGAGAUGGUUAAACAAAAUAAGUUCAUAUUUAUAGAUUAAUAACAUGUGGUACUUAUGAAGAGAAAAUUAUGUAAAGACAAUUAACUAAAGAAAAUUUAUCUUAAAAUAUUGUUGAUGAAAAAUCAUUAUAAAAUUAAUUUACUACUGAAGAACUCAAAGAUUUACUUACAUAUAAAGAUAGCCAAAAAUGUUAUAUAUUUGAUUAAUCAGACAAAUUAGAACCAGAACAUGAUUAUCCAUCUGAUUUAAAUAAAUUUGUAGUAUUAGUUAAAAUUCAUAAAACCUAAUCUUGUAUUCCAAAUGAAUUUGAUAAUUAAAACACAUUUUUAGAGAAAGUUGUUGAAGAUCCCUCAAAUAUCUAAAAUCUAGAUAAUGAUGAAUUAUAAGAUGAUAAUUCAUAAUAAUAAGAUAUCUCAGAUUCACAAGAAUAAGAAGUAUUCAAAGAUAUAACAAAUUAAAUUCAAAAUAUUAAUAUAGAUUAAUAAUAAGAAAUAAAUGACAAAAUAUAAACAGAUUUUCCUUUAGCAAACAUUAAUAAAUGUGAUUUAUCUUUUUUAGAUUGA